UCAACCAUUUACGACUUACCUACUAGUGUUUGACUAUUAUAAGGAAUAGCUAAGACCUCCUUAUGUCAACUGGCUGAAGGAGGAAAAGAAAAUUUAGAGGAAACCAGGAAAUAGUUCCGGGGCAGGGCGCAUCUUAUCGCGGAGGCUGUGUCGCGCGCCGGGCGCCGCCAGUCCGCGCCGAGCCGUCGACGCCACACUACGUGUCACGUGUUGCUCUGCCGCAGCGCGCACGCGCGAACGCGAUCGCGACGCACCAAAACAUACAAAAAUUUCACGCCACCCACUUGACAAAAAGUGACAGUGACAUUUCGGGGGGGAACAUGGUGACAAUAACAAGCAUUCGUAUUAUGUAGUUAAAAAAAUAUUUUACGUGAAUCAGUGAAAAAAUUUCAGUGGUACAAUCAACUGGUGAAUUCUGUGCGAUCGAUAGGUGUCGCAGUGGUUGUGUUGUUAUUUUCAAGGAUGGAUGGUGGUCGCCCUGAGGGUUAGGCGCGAUGAUGCGCAAGGAGAACGCCGGCGCGCCCGGCGGGACGGAGUUCUCGCUGGACGCGUCCGACUGCAUCACGCUGCAGCAGAUCCUGCAGGCCUUCAACUCCACUAUCAGCGAGGAGCACGCCUGGGCGCUGUUCUACCAGGCCGUGCGCUGCUACCAGAGAUGCCUGGCGGACGGCGCCGCCUGCUACCUGGUCACGGAGCCCAGGCAUGUGCUGCUGCAUAAGGACGGCACCGUGCACCCCACCACGCUACUGCAUCCAGGAGAUGACAGCAGCAGACAGGAGGUUUCAUCAGAACAACAGUUGGUGGUGAACCUGGCUCUGGUGAUCUACCACGCGCUGGACUACACGCACGGCGAGGACGAGGAGAGGCUCAUCUCGCCAGACCUCGAGGGCCUUAUCACCGAGAUGACAGCGGGUACGGAUACAGCAGAUGAGGAUGAAGAAUGCGGCGUGUUAUCCGAGGGUUCGGAGACAUCAGAGGGAGGGCGCGCCGACACCGACGACGAGGGUAUCGAACGAGAUUCAGAGCCCGCGCCUCGGCGGCGGCGCCGGCGCAGGCGUUUCAUGCUCAAGGAUGUCGUUGAGCGUUGCGUGUGGCACUGCGGCGGUGGUGGGCGCUGCGCCCGCGAGGCCGCGGCGGCUCACUACCGUGCCGUCUGCCGCGCGCUGGUGGCUGAGGCCCUGGAGCUUGCCUCCUUUCUCGCCAGGGUCCGAGUGGGAGGUGCCCGGGACAUGGGCGCUGCUGAAGACUCCGCCGCGCAUCUCGAUACGCUACGGUUUUCUGACUGGUCUAACCGAAGGAUUUGGAGAGCAUUACAAGCGCGGUUUUGGAUGCAAGUUAUUGGCGAAUUAAGAAUGGGUGUCAAAUUAAAGAAGGUUAAUUAUUCAAGGACACCGAUAGAGUACGAGCUAACGCCGUACGAAAUAUUAAUGGAUGACAUUAGGUCUCGGAGGUACACGCUAAGGAAAGUAGACGGCGCGAUACCUCAGAGUGUAAAGAAAGACGCUCAUGCAAUGAUACUCGAAUUUAUUAGAAGUAGACCCCCACUUAAAAAGGCAUCAGAUCGAAAGCUGCCACCUCCUCGCCGUGAGGUGACCCCUCGGGAGAAACUCCUCGCGUCCAUACAAGUCGGCAAACAACUGCGACCUACACCCUACUCAAGGCGAUUGUAUUCAAUCCAAGCUUUCAAUCCCAUUUCCGAUUUCCAAGUUCCCAAAUCAACACUCUGAAAAUAUUUUUCUACCUUUGAAACGUAAAUUAUACAGUAACGUAAACAACGCAGCACAAAUUAUGAUUGUAUUUGUUUUAUUUCCAUACUUUCGCUAAGAAGUUAGUAAGAGCGCCUUGUAGAAUGUUGUGAGCAACUCACUCGUCCGCAACUGUGAGUAGUUUACUUGGUAAGGCGAUAAAGUCAACACUAAGGAACGGUCUGACUUUAUUGCAACCAAUGUUUCGUUUUGUGUUGUUUUAUUCUUUGAUAUGAUUUUGUUUUGUAAUGGUUAUUUAUUUACAUACUAUACCUACAUUAAUUGUUUAGAUAGUAUCUACUCAAUAAAGAAGUAAUCUACAACUAGUGACGUUCCUUCUUAUUCCGUCUUACUAGCUGGACAUGAGUCAUUUAAUAUGUAU